UGUUUGUACAACUGUGGCGAUCCAGCCUGAAUCGUCCAGCCUCUCCUAAAAGCAGAGAGCAAUGAACAGCAUUCAUUGAAUACUCUCUAUUUUGACUUGUUUUUUAGUAGGAAUAGCUUUUAUAUUUUUAUUUGAUGGAUUAACAAAUGUUCCAGAGCUGAUUGUUUUCAUUUUUUUUAUUUACCCUGUUUAUUUAUUGAUUUUAAUUUUUAUUUAUUAUUUCGGAUUAUUACAAGAUUAUCAACUCACAAGGUAUCUCUAUUUGACAAUGCUUAACCUGAAUGUGCCUGCUAGUUGCUAUUAAAACACUGAUAUCUCAUUAGAAUUUUCCUGUUGAAUUAAAUUAAUAUUUUUGCUACCAUGACAACGUUUCUUUUCUGUUAAGAAUGUCAAUUUAAAUUAAUGAACGGAAAAGAUAAAAGCCUUAAUUAGAUAAUUUAGAGAAUCACAUUCAUUUUAUACAUAAAUAUCGUUACCAUCAGCAUUUCAUCAUGAGCUGGGAUAAGAUAACAUUCAUCUGUCGUGAUGGUUGUAUUACUGGCAAUCGUUUUAUCUUGACUAACUACUCGCGUUUACUUGGAGAAGCUUUGGAAUCAUAUCAAUCCAAGGCUCCUCUUUCCAGUGGUUUAAACGGCAAUAAACCGGCUGUUCACUUGAAAAACAAUUCAAUACGAGAUCUAAAGUGCCUUUUUCAUGUGCUUUAUUCAUUAACUUAUGCUGAAGUCAGUAAUCCUAGAUUAACUGGGCUGCAAAAUGUUGCUCGUAUGUUGGAUAUUGAAUUGACAUUAAGAAAUGGACGCAAUGGUUUCAUCAGAGUUAUGGCUUCGCCUGUGCCUUAUCGUGAUCCUAUUAAUGGCGGUGCCGGUUCUAUUGGUGUAAUAACAUCUGCAGCUGCUAUCGCUGCUACCUCUGCAGUCUCUAGACCUCCAACUCCCGAAACUCCACCUUCACCAGUCAAUAAUAGAAACUCAGGAAAUGUAAACAAUUCAUCAAAUGACGUUCAUACCAAAUCAAGUUCAGUUAUUGUGAGACCAGGAGUCAAAGACACAUCUUCAAGAGAUCCUAGACUUGAAAAGAAUAGAAAAAGACGUGUAGAUCAAGCAUCGCAGAAAAAUUCGUCCAUAGCAAAUGAUGGCACUCAAACUGACCCUGAGCUUGAAUUGGACUAUCCUUACGAUGAAAAACCCAAUAUGCUUGAAGAAAGGAAUUAUAGUGUUGACAUGAAUGACAAUGAAUUGGAAUUGAGGGGCUAUACUUCUUUCAUCGACGAUAACCAAGACGGAAACCAUAACAGAAUUUCUUAUGAUAUUAAUUAUAACGAUGUUUCUUAUGAUUCAAAUGGGAGUCCAGUUAAAUUACGAAAAAACGGACCUGGGGCCGGGCUUUACAGUACCAAAAAAUAUUACACUAAAACAGCAAACAAAGAUGAAUACACUUGCAAUCUCUGCAACUAUGUUGUACAUUGUUGGACCUCAAUCAAAGCUCAUAUUGAGACUCAACAUUAUCACCUUGAAUUCCGGUGUAAAAGAUGUCCUUUUGUUUCUGUUUGGAGGGCUGAUAUUGUUAAACAUAUUCGCAAUUAUCAUAAAUCACGAACAAGUUCUGAAGACACUUAUGUAACAAGACAAAGAAAAGAGUUUUCUAGUGAACCUGAUUUAAAUCCUGAACCUUCUCUUGAACCAGAGAAUACAAUGGAAAUCAUUAACUCAGUUAAUGGCAAUGAAAUUAAAAUUGAGCAAUCGGACGAUCUUCCAUCAAAUCUUUCACAUCAAGAUCUCAUUGAGGAUGAAGAAGAAGAAAUCGACGAAGAAGAUGAUUUGAAAGAACCUUUAAUUGAAGGCAAUAAAAGUCUAACAACUAGCUCGGUUAAACCAUUCGAGAGAUUAUCAUCACGCAUUCCUGAUAUAAAUAAAGAUUGUUAUGAGGUUAUCAGAGUAGGGAACAAGAAGGUUUACCAAUGCAUUUCUUGUGCAAAAGAAUGUAAAACUUAUUGUGGAAUCAGAGAACACCAAUAUUCAACACAUUACGGAUACAUUUGUAUCUGUAACCAUUGUGAUGUCAAAUACAGAUCAAGAUCAAACAUGUUCAAACACCUUAAUCUAGCUCAUCAAAUCGUCAAAAAUUUCACUCAACACUUCGGCUAUUUAGUAGAAGAUGGACACCAAAAGAUACCCGAGAUACCCCAGGAAUCAGUUGAUUCUUCUGGAAAAUUCAAAUGUAAAAUAUGCUCUAAUAAUUUCUCGGACAAAGAAAUAAUCAUCAAUCAUCUUGUUUACAAACAUCGAAUCAAAAGCGAUGUCACUCCGUUCUACGAAGAAAUUGACGAACAAACAAACCAAUUAAACCAAUCAUAAUUUUCCUAAGCUGCGAUCUCUUCCAAACAUUUUUUUAGUAUGGAUAAAAAAUUAAGCUCAAGCAAUCAGAAUAGACAACAGUUUGAUGAUAUUAUUGAAGAGAUUGAAUCUAAUCAUGAAUCUCAUUCCAAUGAGAGCAAUAUUAUUUCAAUGCCUGACAUUGAUUAACCCAAAAUGAAAAAAAUAAAGACUCGUGGUAACGAGUUUGAGGCUACCAUAAAUCGAGUUAAUAAUCUCUUGAAAAGUCAUCAUUCAAUCAAUGCACGCGUCCUUUUUACUAGAUGGCCAACACUAGCUUUAUCGAAACGUACUCGAAAUGCUUUAGAGAAGCUACUGUACAGUGAAAAUAAUCGUCUCUAUCACAAGCUUGGCCUUAAUUGGAAACUAGGCAAAGAAAGAUGUCACUCUAACAAUUCAUUCAUGGAUUAUGUCCUCAUCAUUGAAUUUCUUCCUAAACACCAUAUUUAUUUACCUGAUUGACAGUUUACAUUCAAACAAACCAUUUAAAUCAGCCUUUCUUCUUGA